UGGAAUCCAUCCACUCUCCCCACACAUUUUCACUACACAAUAACCGCCCUAUUACACUCUACAUACACACUCACUUUUUGUUUCUUUUCUUCCUAAAAUAACCUUUUUCUAAUGAAUCACACUCCUUUAAUUAUUUCCUCUAUUUAAAAACUUAGCUUCAGAAUUACGCAUAAAAAAAAAAGAAAGAGUUAGUCGCACUAGCACUUCAUUUUCUCACACACACACACACACACGCUGUGAGCCUGUGACUGUGUAAUGAUAUUGAGUUGAAGAAAUGGCGGAAGUGAGAGGAACCAGAACCACGUGGUGGAGCGAGGAACUAGCAAGUUUAAUGGAGAAUCCGAUACAAGAAACAACACCUUCAACGACGUCGUUUGAGGUUAGAAAAUCGGAGGAAGUUAUAACUGAAUCGGGUGCUGGAGAAGAGAGUUUGAAGGAACAUGCGGUUGGAUUUUUGAUGGCUUGGUGUGAGAUACUUAUGGAGUUAGGUAGAGGAUGUAGAGAUAUUCUUCAACAGAAUUUCUUCAAUCAAGAUUCUUAUGUUGUUAAGAAGUUGAAUGGACCUUUUUCUAAGGUUUCUAAGAGAUUAAACUUUUUGAAUGAUUUUUUGCCUGAAGAUCGUGAUCCUCUUCAUGCUUGGUCUAUUGUUUUAACCGUUUUUCUUCUUGCUUUCGCAGCUAUAAGUGUAGAUUCUAAUCACAAAACUUUAACCAAGGUGAUGACGGUGCGCAUACAUCCUCCUAUUGCUAGCCGCAUAUUGCUUCCAGAUGGUAGGUAUAUGGCUUAUCAUGAUCAAGGUGUUGCAGCUGGAAGAGCUAGAUUUUCCCUUGUUGCUCCACAUUCUUUUCUUUCAUCUCGGCUUGCAGGUAUUCCUGGAGUUAAAGCAUCAUUACUUGAAGAGUACGGUGUUCGUUUGGUCACUUAUGAUCUUCCUGGUUUUGGGGAGAGUGAUCCGCAUCCCAACCGAAAUUUCAAUUCAUCAGCUUUGGAUAUGUUGCAUCUAGUCAAUGCUGUCAAUGUAACUGAUAAGUUCUGGGUACUAUGCCACUCAAGUGGAUGCAUUCAUACUUGGGCUUCGCUCAGAUAUAUUCCUGAGAGAAUUGCAGGUGCAGCAAUGUUAGCCCCUAUGGUUAAUCCAUAUGAGUCACACAUGACUAAAGAUGAGAUGAAAAGAACUUGGGAGAAGUGGCUGCCAAAGAGAAAAUAUAUGUAUUCUUUGGCGUAUAGAUUUCCAAAGCUUCUCUCUUUUUUUUAUCGGAAAAGUUUCUUGCCAGAAAAGCAUGACCGGAUUGACAAGCAAUUUUCACUUUCACUAGGAAAGAAGGAUGAAAUUCUCGUUGAAGAACCUGAAUUUGAAGAAUUUUGGCAGAGGGAUCUGGAGGAGUCGGUUCGCCAGGGAAACUUGCGGCCAUGUCUAGAGGAAGCUGUUUUGCAGGUAUCCAAAUGGGAUUUUGACAUUGAAGAACUUCAUGUGCAUAAGAAGUGUCGAACAGGGAGCUUACUUCUUUGGUUGAAGUCCAUGUACGGUCAGGCAGAAUGUGAAUUAGCAGGAUAUCUUGGCCGUAUUCACAUAUGGCAGGGAUUGGAUGAUCGGGUGGUCCCUCCAUCAAUGACAGAGUACAUAGAAAGGGUGUUGCCAGAGGCAGUAAUCCAUAAGCUUCCAAAUGAGGGCCACUUCUCCUAUUUCUUUUUCUGCGAUGAAUGCCACAGGAAAAUAUUUGCCACUCUUUUUGGAACACCUCAAGGUCCGUUUGAACAACAGGAGGAAACUGCGUUAGAGAAAAACACAGAAGAUGCUUUACAAGUAUCUGUUUCUGAUAAAUGAUGGGAAAACUGCUGAUAUACACGAGUUCGAUUUGGAUGUAAAUAACACAGGCGGCUCCUAUGCACAGUAAAGCUUCAAAGAAGAGAGUUUACACAAGGAUUCUUAAGUUUUGAACCACAAGAGCUUUUGGAGAUAUAGGUAAAAAGUGUGCCACCUACAUUGUCUUUACUAACCUUCCACAGUUCCACUGUCCUGAAGCAAACUGUAUCUUAACUGCCUUCUUGGUUUAGAGUGUUUAUUCGAUUGACCGUUAACUCAGCGGCAAAACCAUGCCUGUUACUUAAUACCACUUCUUAUUUCUCUCUC